CCUCGUUGUCUUCGUCCUCUUCUCAUUCUCCCUCUCUGGCCACCCACAGCUGCCUCUGAAGUGUGAAGGUCCAUAAGGGAACCCCGCUGGAUCAUCGGUCCAACUGGAAGAUGGAGGCAUCCACAGGAAAGAUCAUUCUGAAUGUGGGAGGGGUCCGCUAUGAAACUUACAGCAGCACCCUGAGAGUCUUCCCAGGGACCAAGCUGUGCAGCCUCACAGACGCCCAGGCUGCCACAGCGUUUGACUACAAUCCGAGCACCCAAGAGUUCUUCUUUGACCGAAGCACCCGGCUGUUUGGGCAGGUGCUGAACUAUUACAGGACCAGGCACCUCCAUUGCCCUGCGGGCAUCUGUCGGUCAGUCUUUGAGGAGGAGCUGGCCUUCUGGGGAAUUACAGAUACCCCACUGGCACCCUGUUGCUGGACAAAGCUUAGCCAGGCAGAUGGCCAACAGGAGGAUUAUGACGCUCAGCAAGACAAUCCCCAGGGUGGACUCCUGAGCGAGGCUGAAAGGAGGAGCAGCCAUUGGUGGGCUCGCUGGCAGCCCCAAAUAUGGACUCUCUUUGAAGAGCCCUAUUCUUCUCUAUGGGCCAUGUGUUUGAUGAUCAUUUCCCUGCUGCUCAAUGUGGCAAACAUCAUCAUCCUUUGUGUGAGGACAAAACCAGAAUCAAGAUUCAACAUGGAUACACACUACCUUCUGCACCACGUUUUAGAGGCACCUUCAUGCUAUAUGGCCCCUUAUCUCCUCCAUUUGGAGCUUUUCUUCAUCCUGUGCCUCACAGUUGAAUUUUUCGUACGACUCACCUUCUGCCCAGACAAAAAGAAAUUCCUUAGAAACCCUCUGAAUGUUGUUGAUUUCCUCUCCCUGUUCCCAGUUUUCAUUGAGCUCUUCUCAACUGGACAUACCCACAAAAUUCAGGUCUUCAUAUGUUGGCUGGGCUUCUUCCGUGCAGUAUAUAUUGUCAAACUCCUUAAGAUACUCAAGCUGGUGGAGACUCCUGUGAUGUUGAGAGUCCUGCCCUACACAUUCAGGUCAAUCCUGAAAGAGAUCUUCAUCUUCAUGAUGAUUUUUGCCAUUGAAAUCCUUUUCUUUGGUGCCCUCUGUUAUUAUGCAGAGCUCAUCCAAGGUGACCAGGAUAUAUACAUUCAAGACAUUGCCUCUGCUUUUUGGUGGGCGGUGAUCACUUUGACCACUGUAGGUUAUGGUGACAUAAUACCCUUUGCUACAUUUAGCCGAAUUAUAGCAGCCUGCACUGCAGUGUGUGGCGUGCUAACCAUUAUCAUCCCAAUCCCAAUCUUCUUCAUCAAGUUCAAGGGCUAUUAUGAUGCUGCUGUAAUCAAGGAGAAGAUGAAAAGGAUGAAGAAACAAAUGGCAAUACUGCCCUCCUGAGAACUGCAGAGUGCCAUAUUUCCAACUGUGGGAAAACAAAACAUACUUCCAAAUAGCUCACCCAACAUUGAACAUGCUUGAUGUGCCUUCCCAUUUGAGCAGCUAAUGCCUCUGCUUUUAUUGAGCAAAACUUCAUCUGCACACAGAAGUAUUCAUAGAGUCCAGUCCCAAAAAGGCCCUUCAUUAUCAUUAUGUUUCUUGCCUUCAAUGCUUUUUCUCCAGUGCCUUAUGGAGGGUACACAAUCUCAGUCCAAGCAUCUAUGUCCAUGGUCUGCUUCCAUUAUUGCUUUUGUACCCCAAUUUUAGGGUGCUGACUAACAGCAGAAAGUCAAUUGCUUGCUGGAUUCUGGUAAGAUUUGGUUGGAAAAUGUUUUGUUUCAGGCAUUGGCUGCACAGGUUUGAAUUUGCUGAUCCCAUACAUCUCUCCAAAAUGUGGGUGUCCAUUUGGAGUUGAGCGCUUCCAUUGGAGCUGCUUCCCACACCCAUGAUCUUUCUGCCCCUUUCACCAUAGUGGAGAUCACAACCUUGUAUUCCAAGAAGUGGAGAAAGUGGUGGUUCAGGCAUGGACACUGUUGGGAAUGCCUGUAGAUAUCAGCAUUUUUACGCUGAGGAUGCUUGGGUGACCCUUCGUCUGCAUGCAAGCAGAUCCACAGAAGUCAAUCCUGGCAGGGGUCUUUGCGCUCACAACGUUCCUUGCCUUCAGAACCUUUUGUUCCAGGGCCCACUUUUUCUGCAGACAUUGUGGGCUGCUGCACAAUCUCACUCCAGACAUCCAACUCCACAGUCUAAGCUUUCACAAACUGCUCGGUGACUUGUGGUUCCCUUGAUCAACAUGGGCUAUUGUGCUAUAUAUCCCUUCAACUUGCCACAUGGGGUGCUUGGGGAUAGUGCAGCAGUUUCCCCAGUCCAUUUCUUUCUUAUCUUCCGCUCUCAACCCCGCCUUCUUCAGCCGAGCUCUCCUCGCUGGUCGGCGAGGAGGUCUGCGGGUGGCGGGGGCGGCGGGAAGGACGUCUCUUCGUCGGCUCUUCAAAAGGCAAGUUACACGCUCGCUUUCAUGCCGCACUGGGGUCGCUUAGAAGCGAUCUCAGAACGACGUGCGGAUUCCCCCUUAGUGGGUGGUUCAUCUGUCCGGCGAGGUGAUGUUUGCCCUGUCCUGGACGGGGUUGCACUCUCCCUAAAGGAUCGGGUCUGUGGUUUGGGGGUGCUCUUGGAUCCAGAACUGUCACUUGAGGCACAGGUGAACUCAGUGGCAAAGAGCACCUUUUAUCAGCUUAGGUUGAUAUACCAACUACACCCUUAUCUGGACAGAGAUCGCCUAGCUACAGUUAUCCAUGCUCUGAUAACCUCUCGCUUGGAUUACUGCAAUGCGUUAUACGUGGGGCUGCCUUUGAAAAUGGUC